GGCGGCGGCAGUGCACGCAGCAAGCAGCCCUCGGAGGCGGGCGCGUCAAAGGGCGCCGUGCGAGUGGGUAGUGCGAGUGCCGAGGUUGAGUGGGUUGGGCGCGUGUGACGUGACCUCUGCCGGCUCCGUGCGGGUUGCCUAACAUAAGUGCGGGGUGGCCAGGGCAGCACGGCAGGCAGGCGCGCAAAAUCGUCCAUCUGGCGGAGGCAGACGGAGCCCGUCGCGAGCCAGGCGGGGGCAGUCGCUCCGCGCGCCCCGCGCCAUCACCACCACCUCCAAUCCUGCGGCCGCACCCUGACCUCCGACGACCCUGUCCCUCGCUUUCAGUCAAAGUUUUCGCCGGGGCGGGUUACAAUGCUGCACUGGAAGAGCUGUCGCUGCUCCUGGAGCCAAAUGCUGCUCUUCAUUUUGCUUUCUCUUAAUGGGUUCCUGUGCCAAAACCAGCAGCAGCAAUACCCAACGCAACAGGGUUCCUCAGGAGCAACCCAAGGAGCCCCGCCGGCCUUCCCAGCGGUUCAACAAUCGCCCCCUGGAGGAGGCCAGGUCAUCAAGCGCAGCAGGGGUGCCUUCAGGGAGUGGCGCCGCGGAGACCCUUCCCUCGUGCACAACCUCUGGAAGAGUAGAACGCCGCUUGGCAAGGCCGAGGUGUACAUCGUGCUGGCGUUGUUGAUCGGCCUGGUGACGGUGGUGAUCGGCUGCUGGCUAAGCGACAACUGCUGGUCCCAGGAGCCCGAGCACCGGCGCUUCGUGCCGCGCGCGUAGCGCCGGCGGCUGGCCAGGCGUCUCAUGCUGCCUGGCCUGCCAGGGCCCCCCGUGCUGCCCCCGCCCCCGCCGCCCCUCGGCCGCCCGCCGCAGCCGCCGCCCAUGGGGCCCGACGAGCCCAGCCCCAACACGCCGCCGGACUGCGUCCUCCUGCACGUGUGAACGUGAAUCAACCACAGACUGACACCGUUCAAUUUUAACUCCUGCCGAAUGCACUUUUCGUCUCUUUUACUGUCUCUCGCCUAGGCCAAGAUGAAACGCGUUAAACGCUGCCUGAUUCUAGAAAAUUUUGGAAGCUUUAGAAAUGAAUUCGGUAAUUUUUAGCGUCACAACCACCGCCUUUGCUUCAAGGCCGUUAAUUUAGGUUUUAUGAAAAACUAUGGUGGCCCAAAAUUGUUUUAAUUGAAACGAUCGAGAUUUUCAGGAAACAACUGGAGAAUUUUCUUCACUGUUAAAAAGCAGAAAAAUAUUCAAAGAAGUUUUGACUUGUUAGCAGCUAUUUAGGCUCCCAGGAUUCACAAGAAAAUCAACAUAGCUAGAGAAGAUUUGCAGUUCUUUGAAAACAAUCAACUGCACACAUUGUUGGGCUCGAGCAAAAAAACAAAUAAUAAUAAAUACAGUGGGUUGAAAUAUUUUCAAGGGGAUAGUUAUCGUUCCCUUUUUAUUUGUACUCAGCAAUGAUUGCAAUCAAAGGCCGCUGGUAAUUUAGAAUCCUUUGUAGUUUGUGGCAUGCAUCUUUUUUUGCAAGUAAAGUACUAUUGAUGAGGCCUGAGGAGCAGAAACAGCUGCUGCUCAGUGAGAGAAGCUUGUUAUGAAUAUUUUCCUCUUAAAUUUCUCAUUUUCCACCUAUACCAAUUACAAAACAAAGCCAUUUAGUGAAGCGUGGAUUUGUUUAUUUGAUGCCGAAGAUUCCAGAUGGUUUCCAAAAAUAUUAUUUAUUUCGAUUGAAGAUAUGUAAAGGAGGAUUUGCAAGCAUUGUAAAUUCCUUAAAACAGAUAGCCCGAAUUUGUUUAGGCAGUGACACGAAAAUAUAUUUGCUAUUUCGCGUGAACGAAAGUGUCAAGCUAAGGAAGAGUGAGUUAAUCGUGCGAAAGGUGCAUUCGCGCACUAAACGAAGCCAAGUAAAUUUUUAUUUGUAAAACUCUAAAAACGAACAAACUUCGUACUAAAGACCACUAAGGUUGUGAUUAAAAAGCUCAAUUACUAAUCUAGCAUGCAGCGUAUCAAUCAAAACUUUGAUUGUGAGUUAAUUCAUUGUGAGGUACUGCAGGACAUCGACUAAAGUGGAACGCAGCAGUUAACGAGACCGAAUUACGAUGGUUAUCAAACUUCGCCUAAGGAUGCAACCUGCUCGGCACGGAUGUUAUGCGCGAUGCAAACAGGUUUUAAAAAAUUACUACACGCAAAGAAGGAUAAAGUUUACAGGAACAAACUGGCUUCUGAAUAGUUAAUACACACACAUUUUGUGUCAAAAGGCAACGAAGCACAUUUGCACGUGGGGGCGAAGUUUCGCAAUUAAUGUUCAUCGCCGCUGCUGCUGUUGCUGAGAAUGCACUCAGGCGCCGCCGGAUGAAGCAAGAAUCGCGCGCGCCCAAGAAGAAGCAACACGUUGCGAAAAGGCCCUCUCGCUGCCUGAUCGACCGCAAUUCGCAUCAAAGUGGUUUUGCGGACACGACGCGCUGGUGUAUGUACAUAAUAGUAUACACACAAUUUACGGCUCUUAAUCUCACUAACAGUGUUCUGGGGCGGGUACUAACUCGACCCUGCGAUGUGAUGGGUUCACUCACUCACUCA